GCGGUUACACCACCAUCAUUGCAUUUAAUUUAAAAAACACGAAAUCAGUAAAGUUUGUGUACUUUUGAACCUAAACAACAAUGUGGUUUAAUGAGAAACCCCGCAUCUGCUUGAUUCCAUUGGAGAAUCCGCCUGAACUCAUCCGCUUUUCGAUCCUGGCGACCAAGUUCGGCCGCAUUCUGAUGGGCAUGGUGAAUGCAGGCCAACACGAAGACGCAAUUUGUUUAAUUUACUUCGUGGAGAAAAGCGACAAGGAAACUUUGAAGGAACUGCGUCAGCGUUGGCCAAAGUCCGAGCUCCUACAGGACGACAAAUCUGUCCAAAGUGUAGCCGACAAACUCUUCGAAGACAACAAAGAGAACAAUGACGUGAUUCCGAUUGCCAUCCUGGGCACCGAAUUCCAGCAGUCCGUGUGGGCGGCUUUGAUAGGCCUAAAAAGUGGCGAAACCUGCACCUAUUCCCAACUGGCGGAACGUAUGGGUCGUCCGAACGCAGUGAGAGCCGUAGCCAAUGCGGUGGCCAAGAACGAGGUAGCCAUCUUAAUCCCGUGCCACAGGAUAGUGUCGCAAAACGGAGCCACCAAAUACCACUGGGGCUCGUCUCUGAAGCAGCAGCUGCUCACCUUUGAAAGUUCCUUGGCCAAUUAAAAAUUGUUACUUGUGUCUUUAUUGAAACUCA